AUGGAGGAGGGAUGGAAUGGGCAGCAGGGUGUUAUGCCGCUACCUCGAAAUCGGAGUGGUGGAGCCUUCUUUCGCAUACCUCUCUCAUUUGACGACUUUUAUUUCGGUGCUGCACUGCCAGCCCCAAUCAUUCGCAUUGAGCCACGUUCAUGUCCUCCCGAGUCCACACUGAAUGCCUUACUUGAGGCGAUGUCUGACUUCUUUGUCCGAAUCGUUGUAUGUUGUGUGGUGGAGCUCGUUGGAUUGAUCAUCUUUGCCCUGCCGUGGGAUCACCAAGUCUAUCAUCAUCAAUUUAAUACCAGAAUCGCAGCGACAUUCGACCUGCAGACGGAGGUGUACAGGAACUUGGCGACCCACUUUGUGGAUGUCAUCUUUGAACCGCGUUGUGGCAAUACUGAGGUUUACUUCUCUUACGCCUAUUCACACUGCAUAUACCAGGUAACCUCAAAAUUCACUUUUGAGAAGGCAAAUUUUAUUUAUUUAUUCAGUUUUCCUCAACUCCUGUAG